CAUUAUACCUCCUGAACGUCCUUGUGAGGCUUUGACGUGCCAAAAAAAUUUGGUACCUCCAGACAGACGCUUCAGGAAAGGAGCAGAAAAUUUAAACGUCUGGAUUUCCAAAAAUUUUUUUUUGAAAGAACUCAGCAAGCUGGUUUUAUAUUAUAGAAGAAGAGAGAGAAACUGUACAGAACAGAAGGCAGGGGAGACGUUCCCGGAGGAAUUAUUCCUGCCUGCACUCCCUAAGAAAAACAAAAGCCUAAUCUCUUAACAUAAUACACUUCACUCCCUUGGCACCUGCCAUUUCCCACAAACGAAGCUCAUCUAUGAUCUUGCUAGCAAGUGCCAAUGGUGUAGAUUCUUUCCCUCUGAAGAUGCGAUUGUUCCUUUCCAUCCAAAUCUCCCAAAGCGUGGUCAAGACUGUUGAACGUAGCCCUUUCUAUUGCAACUUUUCUGCCUCAUCUGUUUGCUCGCGCCACCAAUUGAGGAGAGUGUUGUCUGUGGUCACAUGUAGGAAACGUUGCGGUCUGAAUUUGCGACCAAUGUCCCGCCAUACCUGCUGCAUGAAGGGGCACUCCAUGAAGAGGUGCUGUACCGUUUCGAGAUUUCUAAAACAGAGUUGGCAGAAAUAGUUAUUUGGCCAGCCCCUGCAUUGCAAACGAUCUGCCGUCCAUAUUCUAUUUUGUGCCAGCAGCCACGCGAAGAAUUUGUGUUUCCCCAGUGCCCAAGUUUCCCAUACAAGCUCAGCAGAAUCUGAAAACGUUUUGCCCAUGAACCGCAUGACAUAUGCUGAUUUUGCCGUAUACAAGCCACUGGCCGACCACCUCCAGAGGAUUAUGUCCUCAGCCCCUUCAUGGAUCACCUCUCCUGCGUUGUGGAGCACUUCCUAUACGCAUAUAUAUUCCUGAAGCAGCUGUAUUGUCACCCCUCCGUGGAUGUCUUCAAUCCAAGCAUCAUUGGUUAUUGCCUCAAGAACCGACCUGUUUUUCCAAGCAUCAUUGGAUUUCCAAAAUAUCCAGUAAAUGUGCCAUGAACAUAUAUUUUCAAACGGUCAGCAGAAGGGGCUUUCCAUCAUUCAGUCUUCUGUUCUGCAUCAAUGGAAAUAAACCCACUAAGUAAUAUCGUAUUACCUUUUGGUAUCUUAGGCACCCCUUUAUCAAAUGCUAAACAGUGUACUCCAAUAACUUUUCUAGAACCUCUAGUGAUGAAGCAACGAACAAAGGUUGCUUGUCUUUGACUUCAGCACAACUCUCAAUCAAGUCAUGCGCUAUAACCAAGAUGCUUCUACUCCUCUCUGUGCACCUGAGCAUAAUAAAUAAGUAUUGUCUAUCCAAUAUAAAAUAGAAAUUACGAUUUGAUAUUUAGAAAUGUCAUCAGUGGAUUAUGAGCAACAAUUUGAUGCAGUUUCAUUGUAUCAAUUUUUAUAAAUACAUGAUUAGAAAAAGCAAGUGAUCAAACAUCCGCAUUGAAGACUAUACUGAUGUCAUAGACAACAAGUGAAAACAAAUGUAUAGAGUAAUUCUGACCAGAAAUCGGUUCCCUCCCGCAUCAAGACCGAAUGACUGAAUGGGAGAAUUGAGUCCAGAACAAAGCUUGACCGGCAAAAGAAUCAUGCCAGUAACCAGAUAGUCCACGCUGCCCGUUAUUCAAACCACUUAACACAUGCAAGCUGCCAUUGUGUUAUUUGUUCUAUGCUUCUAUAAUAGUCACACCCUGAGACCCUCUAUAUUUGUUGUUCUUCAUCCCAGAUGCCGAAACACCACCACAACAGCUUGUAUAUAUCAAUCCUUUAUAUUACACCAAUUGUUAUCUCUAUCUCUCUCACAGACACAAACAUCAGCUGCUAUGCUUCCUGUUUUGAUCUUGUUUGGGCUUCUCUUCUCCCUACAGUGCAAUUUCCCUGCAUGCUCUGCCACAAAUAAUGGCAGUACUCUCAUGGCAGGCCAAGUGCUCACCGGUGGAAACAAGCUCAUCUCAAGCAACGGCAAGUUUGCGCUCAGCUUCUUCCAAACAGGCAGCAGUAAGUCAUCAGACAACACCACCUUGCCCAACUGGUACCUAGGAAUAUGGUUCAACAAUAUCCCAAAGUUCACAACUGUGUGGGUUGCUAAUAGAGAUAAGCCAAUAACUGACCCCAUCUUUAAACAGUCAGAACUCAGAGUCUCAAGAGAUGGCAUUCUUGUCAUCUUAAACAAGGUGGCCAAGUCAAUGAUUUGGUCUAGCCAAAUUGAGAAUAGACCAAAAACCAGCAGGAACAAUAGUGUAGUGCUGUUAGACAAUGGAAACCUUGUCAUACGAGAUGCCUCGAACCCAUCCAAUGUGUGGUGGCAGAGCUUUGAUCACCCAACAGAUGUCUUCCUCCCUGAAGCGAAGAUUGGUCGGAACAAGAUUACUGGUCAGAAAUAUAGUUUUACUUCAAAGAAGAAUUCCGAGGACCCAGCUCUAGGCUUAUAUUGCAUGGAGUUAGACCCCUCUGGUUCUAGGCAAUACUAUGAUAAGCUUUGCAACUCGUCCACUGUGUACUUUUCCACUGGGGAGUGGAACGGAAGAUACUUCAACUCAGUGCCGGAGAUGUCAAGCAAUGUUUUAUUUGACUCCCAAUUCAUUGACAACGAUGAAGAGGAGUACUUUACUUACACUCCAUUUGAUAAAACAGUAAUUACAAUCUGCUUAAUUGAUGUAUCUGGCCUUACAAAGCAGCUUCUCUGGGUUGAAGAAUUACAAGAUUGGGAAACGGUGUUCAUCAAACCCAAGGCUUCAUGCGAUGUUUCCUCUGUUUGUGGACCUUACACAAUCUGCAACGAUAAUGCACUUACAUUGUGCAACUGCAUGAAGGGCUUCUCUGUGAAGUCACCAAGGGACUGGGAACUUGAUGACAGACGGGAAGGCUGCACAAGAAAUAUUCCACUGGGCUGCAGCAGUAACAAAAGCACAACAGGUUUAACUGAUAAGUUCUUUCCCGUACCUAGUGUUAGAUUGCCCUAUGAUGCCCAAAGUAUCAGUAUGGAAACUGUUGCAAGUGCACACGAAUGCAUGCAGGUUUGUCUGAGAAACUGCUCUUGCACCGCAUAUUCCUACGGCAGAAGUGGUUGCUCAGUAUGGCAUGAACAACUUAUUAAUGUAAAGCAAUAUAAUGGCACUAGCAAUACAAAUGAAGAGAUUCUUUACCUCCGUCUUGCUGAUGCAGAGUUGCCAAGUUGGGGACAUAAUAGAAGAGAGAAAAUAAUAGCUGCUGUUGUUGGUGCAUCUGUUUCUGCUUUCAGUUUCUUAGCCUUCCUCCUGCUAUUGAUGAUUUGGAUCAAAAGGAGGUCACGUGAUUAUCCAAUUAAUAAAAUUAAAGAAGGUGCUGGGAUUGUUGCUUUCAGGUAUGCUCAUUUGCAGUGUGCAACCAAAAAUUUCUCCGAGAAGCUAGGUGGAGGAGGUUUUGGUUCUGUAUUCAAAGGAAUUCUGAGCAACUCAACUACUAUAGCAGUGAAGAUGCUUGAUGGUGCACGCCAAGGGGAGAAACAGUUCAGGGCUGAGGUCAGUACAAUUGGGAUGAUCCAACAUGUGAACUUAGUUAAACUAAUUGGCUUCUGUUGUGAAGGUGAUAGAAGGAUGCUUGUUUAUGAACAUAUGGUAAAUCGGUCUCUUGAUGCUCAUUUGUUUUGCAGCAAUGGUACAAUUGAUGCUCAUUUGUUUUGCAGCAAUGGUACAAUUCUGAAUUGGAGUACAAGGUACCAGAUAGCCGUAGGGGUUGUAAAGGAUUGUCCUACUUGCAUGAGAGUUGCCAUGACUGUAUCAUACACUGUGAUAUUAAGCCAGAAAACAUACUACUGA